AUGUUUAUGUUCAAUAAAUCCUGAUGAUAUCCGGUGUUUAAAGAGAGCAAGACCAAAAGAAAGUUGGAUAUCCUCCUAUAUACCACACAAAACAAGGAUUUUUCUUUCCCACCAUUUUCACGAUAUGAGCGACCAGCAAAUAAAUAAUGUUCCUUUAUUGCAACACUCUACUUCAACAUUUCAACCACAUCAUCAAGAUCAUCUUCUAACACGCAUUUGGAUCGAAUCCAAGAAACUAUGGUUAAUUGUCGGCCCUUCCAUUUUCAGCAGGAUUGUCACCUACUCCGUCCUCGUCAUCUCCCAAGCUUUCGCCGGCCACUUAAAUGACCUCGACCUCGCUGCCUUUUCCAUCGCCUUUAAUGUCGUCAUCGGCUUCGACAUGGGACUUCUGUUGGGGAUGGCAAGUGCUUUGGAGACGCUAUGUGGGCAAGCCUAUGGGGCGAAGAAAUACUACAUGUUGGGAGUGUAUUUGCAGCGCUCAUGGAUUGUUCUGUUCUUAUGCUGUGUUUUGUUGACGCCUAUUUUCUUAUUUGCGUCUCCAAUUUUGAAGCUGAUCGGAGAGCCUGAUGAAUUGGCAGAAAAAGCUGGUGUUUUAUCCAUAUGGUUUCUUCCUUUUCAUUUCAGCAUAGCAUUUUACUAUCCGUUGCAGAGGUUUAUGCAGAGCCAAGUAAAGGUGUGGCCGAUUGUAUGGUCGGCGGUGGCGGCGCUUCUGUUGCACCUGGUGACUUGCUGGGUGCUUGUGGUUGAAUUGAAAAUGGGUGUUGAGGGAAUUGUGGUGGCUUGUAAUAUUGGUUGGUUGGUUAUGCCAAUUAUUCUGAUGUGUUACACUGUAUGCGGCGGUUGUCGGCUCACUUGGACUGGCUUUUCCGUCGAUGCAUUUUCUGGUCUCUGGGAAUUCGUUAAGCUCUCUUCUGCUUCCGGCGUCAUGCUAUGCUUGGAAAGUUGGUACUACAGAAUACUAAUAGUGGUCACUGGAAACUUGAAGAACGCCGAGAUUAUGGUGGAUGCUUUAUCAAUCUGCAUGAGCAUCAACGGAUGGGAAAUGAUGAUUCCUUUGAGUUUCUUUGUGGGUGUAGGAGUAAGAGUGGCAAAUGAGCUCGGAGCAGGCAAUGGAGAAGGAGCCAAGUUUGCAACAAUUGUGGCAUCGGCAACAUCAUUAAUAAUUGGUCUUUUCUUCUGUUGUUUAAUUUUCAUCUUUCACGAUACCUUUGGCCUCAUUUUCUCUUCUACUCCUGAUGUUCUUCAAGAAGUCGAUAAACUCAAUCUUCUUUUGGCCUUCACUAUUCUCUUCAACAGCAUUCAACCAAUUCUCUCUGGAGUAGCAGUUGGGUCAGGAUGGCAAUCUUACGUGGCUUAUAUAAAUUUGGGUUGUUAUUAUAUUAUCGGCCUCCCACUUGGAAUUUUGUUGCAAUCGUUUGCCGACCUUGGAGUUAAGGGAAUUUGGAUGGGAAUGAUAUUUGGAGGAACAGGAGUUCAAACAUUGAUAUUGCUCAUCAUUACCAUUCGAUGUGAUUGGGAAGAAGAGGCUAAAAAAGCUAGCUUGCGAGUAGAGAGAUGGACAGACAAGAAAUUUGAGCCAAAAGAAUGAACACUAUCGUUGUUUGAUUUCUUGAAGAACAUUGAUGGGAGUAAAUAAUACUUGCCCAAAUGACAUAUUGCUACCAAUAUUUGAGAGCUUGCCUUUCAAACCACCAUAUUUAAUAGCUUGUUUGGAUAUAAAAUUGUUCAAUAUCAUUUUUCACUUGACAAAUUUGCUUUAUCUUUUUAAAAUAAUAUUUUGAUAUUUUGUUUUGAGUGAUAGAGUGAGAUACAUCAAAAUUAAAUAGUGUAUUUGAUAUACUUAAGUAUUGCUCUAAUUUUAUCAUUUUCUAUAACUCUUUUACUUUGACAGAAA